CUGAUUGAAAGUGACACCUGCGCGAGUGUCAGUAGGUAUUUUCUUUUAAAAUAGAAUUACGUAAACAAUAAAUUUGGUGUCCGUACUUUUACCAUAUGACGGGUCAGCUAGAGGCUUCUAAAUGUUAAAGAUUCUCAUCAAAACCGGCCUAGCCGGUAGUGCUGUAUAUUAUACACGCAAUGAGGGCAUUUGGAACGAAAAUACGGAUAAAGUAUACGAACGAUAUUCGUCUGCAAUGCAGCCCCAUAUUGCAUCGGUAAAGCAGCAGAUUCCUAUUGAUGUUCCUGCCUUACCAAAGUCAGGUGAGCUGUGUUUUUUGACCACCCAUUACUACAACGCGGGUGUGAAAAACACAAUCUACUUCAUCCAUCGUUUACCGUGCUAUCUGGGGCAAUGGACUAAACAGACUUCUGAUGCAAUUAAAAAAGCAAUAAACCCGCCAACGGAAGCUUCGCCCACUACACCUACUGCGGUGGCAGGUUCGAAAAAGUGAUUGAAGUCAAAAAUAUGAAUAAAAGUAUUUAAAUGAUUGA